AUGAACCAUACCCAACAUCUCUGCAGUUCUUUGUUGACAAACUGUAGGAGCCUCAAGAACCUCAAGCAAGUCCACGCCUAUGUAUGCAAGACCGGCCUCGACACCGAUCCCAUCAUCGCUGGAAAACUCCUCCUCCAUUCCGCCGUCUCCGUCCCGGAUGCGCUCGACUAUGCUCGCCGCCUUUUCCUUCAUUUUCCCAAUCCAGAUGUUUUCAUGCACAAUACCCUCAUCCGAGGUCUCGCUGAGUCUGAUACUCCACAAAACUCCCUCAUUACAUUCGUUGAAAUGCGUCGCCGAUUGACAGCGCCGCUUGAUAGUUUCUCGUUUGCUUUCCUUCUCAAAGCGGCUGCGAGUUAUCGGUCUCUGGAAUCUGGGAUUCAGUUGCAUUGUCAAGCUAUUGUGCAUGGACUCGAUACCCAUCUCUUUGUUGGGACCACUCUUGUAAGUAUGUACGCGGAAUGCGGAUUUGUCGCUUUUGCGAAGAAGGUGUUUGAGGAAAUGUUUGAACCAAAUGUUGUUGCUUGGAAUGCGGUGGUUACUGCGUGUUUUAGGUGCGGAGAUGUGAAGGGUGCAGAUAUGAUGUUUAAUAGAAUGCCUUUUAGGAACUUGACCUCGUGGAAUGUCAUGCUUGCUGGGUACACCAAAGCUGGUGAGCUUGAGCUUGCGAGGAAAUUGUUCUUGGAGAUGCCCGUGAAGGAUGAUGUCUCGUGGAGUACUAUGAUUGUUGGGUUUGCUCAUAAUGGUUUUUUUUAUGAGGCUUUUGGUUUUUUCAGGGAGUUGCAGCAGGUGGGAAUGCGACCCAAUGAGGUGAGCUUGACAGGGGUCCUUUCUGCAUGUGCAGAUGCUGGCGCAAUCGAGUUUGGGAAGAUCCUACAUGGGUUUAUAGAGAAAUCUGGUUUUCUUUGGAUGGUUUCUGUGAAUAAUGCACUCUUGGAUACAUAUUCUAAAUGCGGAAAUGUGGGCAUGGCUCGAUUGGUUUUUGAGAGAAUGCCAGAGAAAAGAAGUAUUGUUUCAUGGACUUCAAUGAUAGCAGGGCUUGCUAUGCAUGGGUACGGUGAAGAAGCAAUACAACUUUUCCAUGAGAUGGAGGAAUCAGGGAUAAGGCCUGACGGGAUUGCCUUCAUUUCCAUUCUAUAUGCUUGUAGUCAUGCUGGAUUGAUUGAAAAAGGGUAUGAGUAUUUUUAUAAAAUGAAGGACAUAUAUAAUAUAGAACCAGCCAUUGAGCAUUAUGGUUGUAUGGUUGAUCUGUAUGGUCGUGCUGGUCAGCUAGAUAAGGCUUAUGAAUUCAUAAUCCAUAUGCCUGUUUUGCCAACUGCCAUUAUUUGGAGGACACUUCUUGGGGCUUGCAGCAUUCACGGAAAUGUUAAAUUGGCAGAGCGUGUAAAGGAAAGGCUUUCUGAGCUUGAUCCCAAUAACUCUGGUGACCAUGUUCUGUUGUCAAAUAUAUAUGCAAUUGCAGGGAAAUGGAAGGAUGUUGCUGCUGUGAGAAGAUCAAUGACUGAUCAGAGGAUGAAUAAAACCCCUGGUUGGAGCAUGAUUGAAGUUGACAAAAUCAUGUAUAGUUUUGUGGCAGGUGAAGUACAGAAUAGUAUUACAGAAGAGGCUUAUGAGAAGCUAAAAGAAAUAAUGUUGAAGCUUAGGGUUGAAGGGUGUUACAUUCCAGAGGUUGGGAGUGUUUUACAUGACAUAGAAGAAGAAGAAAAAGAAGAUUCAGUUUCUAGGCACAGUGAGAAGCUUGCUGUUGCUUUUGGGAUAGCAAGAUUGUGCAAGGGAAGUAUCAUAAGAAUAGUGAAGAACUUGAGGGUUUGCAGGGACUGUCAUACUGUGAUGAAACUGAUAUCUAAGGUGUAUGGAUUGGAGAUUGUGGUGAGGGAUAGAAGUCGGUUUCACUCCUUUAAAACUGGGUCUUGCUCCUGCAAAGAUUACUGGUGAGUGGUGAUUGAUGAAGUUAUUAGAGUGGUAGAGUUCUCUUGUGCUGAGUAAAGCAACUGAAUCAGUUUUUCAGAAUAGGAGAAGAUCUUGAGAACUGUUGCAAUUAAUCAAAUCAUUAAAAAAACAUUUGAAGCAAUUUUGCCAAAGAGAAAAGCUAAUAUGUUCAUGGUGAUUGGGAAAAUCAAGAAGACUUCAAUGGUUUUCUUGGAUUAUCAUACUGUGAGGAAUUUAAUUUCUGAGAUUAACAUAUUGUGGUUUGGGGUGAGAAAUAGAAGAUGGCUCCAAUCCUGUAAAGAUGGCCUUUUUUUUCAUGUGAAAACUACUAGAAAAUGGUGAUUAACAACUUAUCCAAAAAUGGUAAAAGCUCUCACAUGUGAAUGGCAACUGAAUCGAUGAUGCAGAAGAAAAAGGAGGCUAGAACAGUGGCAACAUGAUGAACAGCUGUAGAGUUUUGGGCUGUUUUUACCCAACCUUCUGUAUGAAUGUCUACACCAUGGGUAAGGAAGAUGUGAAUCUAUCUUCUAAAAAUCUUGAGCCAAAAGGCCUAAAACCUCUAUGAAGUUAUAAUUGCCAUUAUCACUCAUUUUUCAGCCAUCUAGAUUAAUUUGUACUGCAUGGUAAGGAAAAUGUAUGUCUAUCUUGUAAUUGGCAGGGCCAAAAGAUAUAUGGGAUUAUAUUUAUGACCCCUGCAAUUUGGAUAGUCAAGAAAACCUUGAACAGCACAUCUUGUACUUGACUGAAUGUAUUAGAUGGAAGGAUGGUUCUGGGUUAUUUAAA